GCUUAAAGAAGAGGACCUUCUUGUAUCGACAUUACCAACCGAACAUCUUACCGCGCCACCACUUCAGCAAACUAACCCAAAGCUCGAGAGUCAUAUCUUCUGAGUUUUGAGACAUUUCGGCUAUCAGUCAAGUGGCAUCAUGAAGAUCAAAGCGCUCAGCCGAAGCAUCACGGCCCAACAAGCGCCUGGCUCCGAUGUCCAGCGUGCGCCUCGCAAUCUCGCCCCAGAAAUUCAUCCCUUCGAACGAGCUCGAGAGUAUCAGAGAGCUCUCAAUGCAGUCAAACUGGAACGCAUGUUUGCCAAGCCGUUCCUGGGACAGCUGGGGAGUGGCCAUGUUCAGGGCGUGUACAGCAUGUGCAAGGACAAGAACUCCCUGAACUCGGUCGCCUCCGGAUCCGGCGACGGCGUGGUUAAGGUCUGGGACCUCACAAAACGCGACGAGGAGACAUGGCGUACGGCCGCACACUCAAAUAUCGUCAAGGGGCUGACCUUCACCAACGACAAGAAGCUCCUGUCCUGCGCCACGGACGGUAUCAAGCUCUGGGACCCGUACAACACACCUAGCGGCACAUCGCCCAUCGCCACAUGGCAAGAAGGCGGACCAUACACAUCCCUCUCGGUUCACAGGACCGGAAAUGUCUUUGCUGCUUCGUCUGGCGCUGGCUGCAUUCGCGUCUGGGAUCUGGAGCAGAGCACAGCCGCUCAGACAAUACAAUGGCCCAACUUUACUGAUACUAUCACCGACGUGUGCUUUAACCAGGUUGAGACGUCUGUUGUUGGGUCUGUAGCCACCGAUCGAUCUGUCAUCCUCUUCGAUUUGCGGACAAACAUGCCCGUCAUCAAGACGGUUCUUCAGUUUGCGGCCAACCGCAUCGUAUUCAACCCAAUGGAAGCCAUGAACCUGGCUGUUGCAUCGGAAGACCACAACAUUUACAUUUUCGAUGCCAGGAAUUUUGACCGGGCGCAGAACAUCCAAAAGGGUCACGUGGCUGCCGUAAUGGAUGUUGAGUUCUCCCCCACUGGCGAAGAGCUGGUCAGCGGUUCUUAUGACCGCACCAUCAGAGUCUGGCGACGUGACCGGGGCACGUCCCGCGACAUCUACCACACAAAGCGGAUGCAGCGCGUCUUUCGGACCAUGUGGACCAUGGACUCCAAGUAUUUGCUCAGCGGAAGCGACGACGGCAACCUCCGGCUGUGGCGCGCCAACGCAUCGGAGCGGAGCGGCGUCAAGUCGACCAAGCAACGGCAGGCUCUUGAGUAUAACAAUGCCUUGCUAGACCGCUACUCGCACAUGCCCGAGAUCAAGCGGAUCCGCCGCCACCGGCAUCUGCCCAAGGUGGUCAAGAAGGCCAGCGAGAUCAAGCGCGAGGAGCUGGCGGCCAUCAAGAGGCGCGAGGAGAACGAGCGGAAGCAUUCGGACAAGAAGUUCCAAAAGCGCAAGGGCGAGCGGGAGAAGGCCAUCUUGGUCAAGCAGCAAUAGGCAUACAAAGGCUGUGUAUGAGGGAUAUGAGGGGUAUUGUGUAUUUUGGGGGGCGGGAUUAUCUGCAUUGGGCGGCGUUAUGGGAGUUUGUUAUGGUGUCGUGGGUGCUGCCUGCGAUUCGAUGCUGAUUCUGAUACCAUCUGUCUGGCAUUGUGUAAAACAUGAACACGCGGUGGAUCGAGGCUUGUGAUUUUCUGUGUGUCUCACGCGCUGUCAUCCGAAUCAAAAGAUGAGCCUGUGAUGAUUGUGAUUCUUGUCGUGAUCAUCAAAACCAGCAUCGUUGAAGAAAUGCUGGAGUCUUGUCGGCUGAAGGUGUCGGUCUUUGGAGUCGAACGUUUGACAUGUACUAGAUAGCAUCGGACUCUGUCGUGUG